AUGUCUUGGAAACUAUGUGGCAUUCUUGUUCAUGUUUGCUUUACGUCAAUGGCAAGGAGUGAAUACUGGGCGUCGCAGCUUUCUGCUGGGAAUGCGACUGUUUGUGCAGUCUUGGAGACGACCACCUUGAAAUGUUGGGGCAAUGCUGACUACCAGAAACUUCCUGGGCAGUGGGGAGAUGAAAGUGGAGAGAUGGGAACUAGUCUCCCAAGCAUUGAUCUUGGUGUAACUGUUCAUGAUGUGGCCGUGUCUAAUCACAUGUGUGCUCUACUUAGCGAUGGUGCUCUGAAGUGUUGGGGAAAGAAUGAUGGGGGCCAGUGUGGGGCCGGGCAUUCCAACGUCGUGGAAACAUCGAGUGCAGUGACAGUGGAUCUGGGAACUGGUCGCUUUGCGACACAGGUUGCAGUGGGUCUUUCACACACAUGCGCUCUCUUGGACGAUGGUACCGUGAAGUGCUGGGGAGGCAAUGGUCAAGGCCAGUUAGGCACAGAAAACACCGAUGACAUCGGUAACCUCCCAGGGCAGAUGGGAGACAAUUUGGCACCGAUCAACCUGGGAUCAGGGCGCACUGCACGACAAGUCGUGACGGGCGGCAAGUUCACAUGUGCUUUGCUGGACAAUGACAGCGUGAAAUGCUGGGGUCGCAACAAAAAAGGCCAGCUGGGGUUGGGCAUCACCGACAACACCUGGGGAGGAGCAGUCAAUCAGAUGGGAGAUUUACUGCCGGCGGUGUCUCUGGGAGUGGGUCGAACUGCCAAGCAGAUUUCGGCUGGCAGGUAUCAUGCGUGUGCAAUCUUGGAUGAUGACUCCGCCAAGUGCUGGGGAUACAACCAUGUAGGACAGCUAGGUCAAGGUCACCAGAAUGAUAUUGGCGCUGAUCCGCUUGAGAUGGGCGAUUUCUUGAGUCCUAUCAACUUGGGUCAAGCAGUUCUACAGAUGUCCGCUGGCGAAAGUCAUACCUGCGCUGUGUUAUUGGAUCAGUCCUUGAAGUGCUGGGGUGGAAACGCUGAAGGCCAGCUGGGAUUGGGAGAUCAAACUGACAGAGGCGGUGGCUCCAGCGCGGAGAUGACGAACUUGCCCGCGGUGGAUGUGGGUACUGGGCUAACAGUUCAAUCGGUCUCGUGCUCGGUAGCUGACGUCACUUGUGUGCUGCUGAAUGAAGACCACUCCAUCAAAUGCUGGGGUGCAAACUCCUUUGGCCAACUUGGCCAAGGAGAUAUAAACAAUCGUGGCACUGUCGCUGGUGAAAUGGGCGACGCUCUUCUGGCCGUGGAUUUGGGCAUGCCUACAAGUACCUCUACCACCGCCACAACCACAGCGUCUAUUUCCACCAGCUAUACAACCACGGUGUCCACAAUUACCGAGACAGCCACAAGAACGUCAUCCAGCAGCACUACGCGGAGUGACACAUCGAGCAGCCUCAGCACGACGAGUACAGCCAGCACUACAUCCACCUUGAGUACAGCGACCCAAACAACCCAGCCAGGAGUGACUAGCACAUCCAGCACGGCCAGUAGUGCUACAGCAACACACACUGCUGAUGUCGUGUCCAGCACCACUUCGAGUACGAGCAGUGCUACAAGCACUGCCAGCUCAUCAAGCAGUACAACCACUGCCAGCUCAUCAAGCAGUACAAGCACUGCCAGCUCGUUGAGCGGUACAAGCACUGCCAGCUUGUUGAGCAGUACAAGCACAUCCAGCACCGCAACCAGCCCGACAAGCGGCAACACUCAGACGUUUACAUUCACAUCCUCUUCCACGUUCUUCACUUCCACAAGCUCCCUUCAAGCUCUGACUUCCACUACCUCCAACACAGUCACUCCAACCACCAAUGACUUGCUACCCCAAACACCCUUGGAAGAUGCUGUCAUAUCCUCAUCUUCAUUCAGCACCGCGUCAACCACAGAGGAAUCCCGAGCUCGAGUUGUGAUCACCGAGGAAGAAUUUGAGGCCAUGGAGGAGGAACGCAAGGCCGAAGCGACACAAGUAGUCCAGGAGCUGGAAACUGCAGAGACCGCAGCAGUGACGCAGUUGCUGACAGAAAUUCUGCUGGACGAACCCAGCACUGGAGCUGCUGGAGCCGGAGUCUUGGGCCAAGGAUCCAAGGAGACAGGCGGCGGUGUGAUGAAGAUGGUGGCAGUCUCCCCUGAGGCUGUGGUGGAAUCUGGAGAAAAUGUUACGGUCGUUGGAGACCAAGGAGCGGUCCACGCCGAAGUGCCCGCAGAAGUGGUCCAGUUGGCUUCUCAAUUGGCUGGUGCCACGGGUGCCACGAACGGAUCGGAGACGUCGAUGAUUUUGAUCACCAUCACAGAGCUGUCGAACGACGUGGCAGACAAGCUCCGCAGUGAUAAUGCCAGGAUCACUGCGCAGGGCCGAAGACUGGCUUCGAGCCUGAAGACGCUUCCGAUCAAUAUGAAGCUGCGGACUGCAGAGGGUGAGGAGCUUAGAAUCAGUGGUCUAAACCAACCCAUCGUUUUCAUGUUGCCUAUCGACAAUGACACGACUGAUGUGCCGACCUGUGCAUUUUGGGACGAGGAACUGGCAAUUUGGUCCACUGAGGGCGUCAGCACCUUGCCAAGUACCACGCCUGGGAAGGUUUUGUGUUCCACCACACAUCUAUCCAUCUUCGGUGGUGUCUUCGAAGUGUUGGUGGGGGACAUGGCGCAAGUACUUCGCUGUAGCACUGCGUUCGUGGUCUUCUCCGCUGACGGACUUCUGAAUUUGUUCAAGACUGAAUGGCUCUGGCAAGGUCCUUCGCUGGUGACCUUUUCUUUGCUGUUGCUCCUCGCUCUGUUCUUCUUGAUAUCACUGCACAUGGACAGAAGAGACAGCAGAUAUCUCCCUGACAAAGACAAGGAAGCAGCGUUUUGGCCAUUGAAGGAACCAAACAAAGAAGAAGUAGAAGGAGAUGAUCUCGAGAGCGCACAACUCGACGAGGAGAAACGGAAAACGUGUUGUAGCGGUGGUUGCAAAGAGAGCAUACAGACUGGUUGCGAAUGGCUCCUGUGGUGCGUCGGGCUGCUCUUUGGAUUCGAAAACCUCGCUGAAGUUGUGAAGGAGCUACUUCCAAAUGCUGCCGUGGGCGUGGUGGACCGCUGCAUCGAACAGAUCCACGCGCACAAGACAGGCACCUCAAGAGACGCCUUCAUGCAGUCGGUGACAUCACCAAAGUCUUGGCUGGAGAAGACAGGAUUGAUUCAAGUCAACCAACGCAUUCAGUUCAAGCCAAGCGGCAGAGUCUCACGGAGACCGAGAUCAACAAUCAGUGGAAAUGGGCAGUGGAUACAUUUUUUUCCAGUUCAUGGUUCGCAAGGCUUCGCUUGCUGUUUCCAGCCCUGCAUCCUUGGGCGGAGAAUACAAGAAUCAGUAUUUUCACUUCACAUACCACUCGGACAACGCUGA